AUGCAUCGCCACAUUCGGGACUCUUCUAGAAAACACAAACAUACGGAAAGGGAGAAAUCCGAAACAAAUUAUGUUAACGAACUGAGAAGAAUCCGGAUGAUGGUGAUGGUUUGCAGGUGCCUGAGAAGCAGGUGA